AUGUCGCUCUUUGGCCAACCCCCCUCUGGUCAAGGAAGUUCCUCCGGCCCUUUCUUAGGCUUGAACCUCAACACCAACACCGACGCACAGGGCAAACGAAAGUCCAUCUUCGAUAGUUCCACAGCUCAACAGACGACGUCCACGGCCUUUCCAGCACUGAACACGGCGAGCUCAUCGGGCUCAGUCUUCAAUCUGGGUGGCGCUCCAAAACCCUCUGCCCCUACCUUCUCUUUUGGAACCUCCACUGUCGCCUCUGCCCCCUCUGCCACUUCUGGCCCCUCGACAGGCCUCUUCGGAGCCACAACAUCGGCCUCACAGCAGCCCAUUUCGACAACGUCCCCCUUCGGCGCUCCCGCUGCACAACCUCUAGGGGGUAAUAGCUCUACGUUUGGGACUACGCUUUCUGGUACCACUGCGGUUUCGGCAGAGACGCCGCAGACAGAUGCAGCUCCUUCGCAGACCAGGGAUGCUGCCUAUUUUAGCAGUCUGCUCGAGAGGCAGAAGAAAAAGCCCAGACUGAAAUCCGAAAACAAUGGUCGUCUGGCCCAAUUGCCCGGCCUCAAUCUUGAUCUGGGGGAUGUCGCUCGACGUGCGCAAGAGAUCAGACAACGAGGAGCAAAGCCCGCGGAGAUUCACAAUGACAGCCGAGCACAUUAUCUGCUCGCGGGUUCUGGUAUUGCCCCUGGACAGGCGUACAAAGACUUUCAGGCUCUGGGGCCAGAUGAUCGCGCUGGGAUCUCGCGAACUGCUGCAGAUAGCUUUGCCGACGAGUCCAGUGCUUACUUGAGAGACCUACGUACCAAGGGUCGCGAAGCCAUGAUGAGAGAGGGCAUAGAUCGGGUCUAUCGAGAAGUUGAUCAAAUUAUCGAGGAGAGCCUGGGGGUCGACUUUGAGGAGCAGAAGUUGAGGAUCAUGGCACACUUUGGAUUGGUGCCUCCUGGAGAGGACGGAGGUGAGGAUGCCCGAACACCGUUUGGUAGAUCCACAACGCGAGGCAAUGCAGGCCCGUCCACCACGACGCCUCGGGGGACCAGAAGUGUGUUCGGUCGUUCGGCAAUCGAGAAGUCUAUUAUCGGCACUCCGGGGGCAGGCGCCGGGUCAUCAUCCUUCUUUAAGAAGGAAGGUGCGGCUCCCGUAUCAUCUGCUUUUUCAAGAGGCCAGAACUCACGAGACCUCCGCGAGAAGGAAAAGGCACUGAUCGAAAAGGUUGAAGAACUUAAUAGAGCCCGACUACAAGGUAUCUCAUUCCCACUUCUGCAGAUUUUUGCCGAAGCAGAAGAGGGGCACAUUGGCGAUAGUCCUCGACAACUGAUCGAGGCUUACCAGGCCCUUCGCGAGAUCACCAGAGAAGGCAGAUCUCCUGUUAGAGAAAGACAAUACACGCAGGCGUACCUGGAUGAGUCCAACGGCACCGAAGCCAUGAGAUUCAAGAAGCAAAUGUUGGAAGGCUCCCGAACUUACUUGGAGAAGUCUUUCUGGCGUGAACUGAGGUCACUCAUCGAGAAGAAUGCACGAGAGGCGGCACUGGGUGGACAGCCGAGCGUCGUCAAUAUUGUUCGUGCGUACAUUCGCUUGCGUGCCGUCCGGCGGGAUUUGGUGCCAGAUGGUACCGAGUUACAACAGGAUAAAGACGAGAAAGGUGAUUACCUUUGGGCUGUGAUCUUCUACCUCUUGAGAUGUGGAUUCGUCAAAGAAGCCGCCGACUACGUCAACAGCACUCCCUCUUUUCAAUCUACAGACCGAAAAUUUGGUUCGUACGUUCUGGCCUAUGCAAACAGUCCAGACCGACGCCUGGGUCGGAAGCUGCAAGAGAUGAUCGACAAUGAAUACGCGAAAAUGACCAAAGUGGCUCAAAAGAGUGCAGUCGACCCUUAUAAGAUUGCUUGCUACAAGGUAGUGGGACGAUGUGACCUGAACGCCCGAAAUCUGGAGGCGGUCGGCCAAGGAGUGGAAGACUGGUUGUGGCUUCAAUUUACGCUGGCCCGAGAGACGGAAAGACUGGAGGAAAUCUCGGGGGAGAUUUUCGGUCUCGAUCAGAUCCGGGAGACGGUCUCGGAAAUUGGGGAGAAGCAUUUCCAAAAGAACCAGAUCGAAGGCUCCAGUGCCUAUGGCACGUUUCUGUUGAUGCAAGUCCUCGCCGGGAUGUUUGAACAAGCGGUUGACUACCUACACAACUUCAAUCCCGUGAGCGCCGUGCAUCUCGCGAUUGCCCUGGCAUACUAUGGCCUAUUGAGGGUUUCUGACUUCACAGUCGCUGGCAACGAGCUUUUGACUUACUCAACCACGCAGUUGCCAAUGAUCAACUUUGUGCCGCUGGUUGCCCAUUACACGGCUACCUUCAGAUCAGCCCUCACAGUAGCGUCUGUGGACUAUCUAUCUCUGAUCUGCUUGAACUCCGACCUAGAGCCGGCCAGCCUGGGUCUGGUCCACACGAAUGCCUGCCACGAGUGUCUCCGGGAGCUGUGUCUUGAGACCCGCGAAUUCGCCAAACUCCUCGGAGACAUCCGUAGCGACGGGACUCGGAUAGCAGGGGCCAUUGAAGUUCGAGCGAGCUUGAUCAAGCUCGACAACCGAGAAGAGUUCCUGAAAUCUAUCACAGGCCAGUCGGCCGCUGUUGCAGACCAGCGUGGACAAAUCGCGGAUGCGGUACUGCUAUAUCAUCUGUGUGAGGACUACGACAACGUCGUCAGUGUGCUCAACCGAGCGCUCGCCGAUGCUGUGACUUUGGACCUGGGAGAGUCGCCCAUGCAACUCCAACCUCUCAAGCCUCGACGACUGGAUGGUCAGAGUGGAUCAUCCGCCUCCAGCCAGGGUGCCGGCCCUCAGUCGUCCUUGUCGCUGACACAGUCAACAACCUCACCGAUUGAGUUGGCCAGAAACAUGAUCUCGUUGUACAAUAGCAACGCCGCGUACUACAAUGUGAUUUCGUCCAGCAACCGGGAAGUCUGUGGUGCUCUGCUUCGCCUGCUGUCGGUGCGAUCACACCUAGAAGCCAACCCACCUCAAUUCAUGGUUGCCCUGGAAGAACUGAACGACCUCAACAUCCUCCCACUGCGAGCUAACGGAGCCAUUCCCGUGAUCCGCGCGGCCGCCACGGCCUUUGGAACGCUCCCACAGAUUUUGGCUCGUUGUGCCGGCAUCAGUGUUGUCUGGGCUGUCCGAGCAAUUGGAGGAGAACGAGACAAGAUAAUGAGGACCGGAAGAUGGGAAGCAGGGAAUGGGGGAGAAGCCGAUGGCGUGAAGGAUCAACUAAGUGACAUGGCCAAGGACCUGAUGGUUUUUGCCGGACUGGUGAAAUACAAGCUGCCCAGCCGCGUGUAUGACAUGUUGACACGGGCUGGGGGCGAGGUCGGAGUCUUUUAA